CGUGAGCGGGAAGGACCGCGCUCACUCGGUGUUUCUCCUCGGCUUCUCUUGCAGGCGGGCGGGUGGGAGUUCACGCUGUCGGUGACCUGCGGCAGUGCCAGUGGGCAAAGGAGACAGCCUCAGCCACCCCUGCUGCCUCGCUUAAGGCAGGCACGGAUGCCGGCAGCUGCACCCUGGCGUGCGGCAGCAUCUUCUAAUGCCCGUAAGCUGCCUGCUCUGCAAGCAGCAGCCUCUUGCACACCUUCUGCAAGAGGCAGCGCACGUGCCAUGGGCACUAGAGGCAGCAGACUCCCAGUACUUGCCCCAAGACCUCAGCAACCACCAGAGAUGCCGUGCAGUUGCGACACGUGCUCGGCAAACUCUGUGAGCGUGCCCAGGCUUCUCGUGCCCCAGGCAGCAGACGACGGUGCCAGUGCUGCCAACACUGCUCAGGGAAAACUGGGCGUACGCUCCGCGACAUCGAGGGCUGAGGGUCAGGUUCCUGCCUCUGGUGGUUCCGGAACCAGGGAUGUUGGAGUGCAGACGGAGCUGCAAGUGUUGGAAGAGACUGCUGAGAGGGAAUCCACAGGAUGGUCAUCCGGGCAACUGUGGAGCGCAUCUCUUGCCUCAUCAGAUGAGGCAGACACCCUGUGUUCAGCUUCUCUUCUGGCUGCAGACGCUGGGCCUGGAGGACACCUUGAGCCUUUGCCCGGAACAGGUCCUGAAGAUGGGGAAAGCUCAACUUCUUCCAAGGCUGAAUACUUUCCAGAGGAGACCAAUGCGGCGCCACGUUUCUGGAGACCAUGGGAGGGAGAAGAAACAGCUACCACCACACCUGAAUUCUCCAAGCAAUCUCUGGGAGAAGCACAGAGACUGCAAGAUCCCGGAGAGGCGUACGGGGAGGUGUAUGGAUAUCCUCCAGUUCACCCAGCAAUCCGGAGAAUCCGGGAUGAGGCGAGGAAGGACCAGAUGCGGUCCAGCUGGAACACAUCCUGGCCAAACAGCAUGAGUGUGCCCCAGCUGCUAAGGCCCCAAGCAGCAGAAGACGGUGCCAAUGCAGCUGACAGUGCUCUGGGCACACUGAGAGCCUGCAGUGUGACAUCGAGGGCUGAGGGCCAGUUUUCUGCUUCUGAUGAUUCCCCAGCCAGGGAUGUCACAGCCCAGGAUUCGCAGCUAGAGCUGAAAGAGACUGCUGGGAUAGAAAUGGCAGGACAGUCAUCUGGCACCCUGCAGGCUGCAUCUCUUUCCCCACCUGAUGAGGCACACGCUGUGUGUUCACCGUCUCUUCUGGAUGCUGGUCCCGGGCCUGCAGGACACCUCGAGCCUCUGCCCGCAUCAGUGCUGGAAGAUGCAGAAAGCUCAGAUUCUCCUGAGGCUGCAAGCUCUGCAGAGGAGGCUGAUGGAGCAUCACUCCCCUUGUCAGUGUCUGAGGGAGGAGCAAGAGAAGAGCCGGCUGUGGCCAUGCCUGAGUCCUCCGGACAAGGUCUGGGAGAAGCACGGAGACUCCAAGAUCCCAGAGAGAUCAACAGGGAGGCCUAUGGGUACUCUCCUAUGAUCCCAGCACUCCGGAGAAUUCGUGAGGAGGACAGAAACGAGCGGAUGUUGUCACACUGGGAUAUUUCCUGGCCAAGGAACGUGAGAAGCCCCAGGCAGCAAAGGCUCCAGGCAAGAGGCGAUGCUUUCAGUACUGCUGGCACUGCUCAGGGCAUGCCGGGCAUCCGGCCCACGACAUCACGGGCUGCUGUCCGGUUUCCUGACUCUGGUGACUCCCGAGUGUGGUCUCCUAGACUGUCAGUUGUGCAGGAGGAGUCCAGCGAUGACAGCGACAGUGCUGUCAGCACUGCUGAGGGCAUGCAGGAUGCCAGAGACACUGCAGUGACAGAUAAGGGCACGCACCCGCCCUCCUGUCUUUGCCCUUCAACGCUGGAGGCUGUGGAGGAUGACUGGGAGUGUGACUCUGAGGAAGAUGCUGCAUCAGAGGCAGUCAGCGUCACACCCAGCACAUCUGACGAUUCAUCUGCUGAGGUGGAGUCCACGUCUUCAGCGUCAUCUGUGGCUGCAGAUCCCAGGCCUGAGGAGCAUGUGUCAGCGUGUGAGGGAGCAGAUGUGGGCCCUCAGCACGAGGUUUCUGCAGAGACUGGAGAAGGUGCACAGAGCUCCGUGUGCUUCAGAGACGCACCGGAGGAAGGCCCAGGUACCGCUGCCGCACCACACGCAGCGGCUCGCCGCCGGAUGCCAGCUGUCUUCAGGAUGGCGCUUCGGGCUCUGCGCAGGGUUUUCACCUGCAGCUGCAUCAGGGGACAGCGAGAGGAGAGGCAUGAGGCUGCAAACACCAGGCAGCUCCCAGAGACGGAAGACUGAUCUUGUAGAUGUAGAAUUCUGAUUAAAUGUUAUCUUUAUUCUAUCCUGGCUGAGUGCUGCCUGCUCUGUGCACGUUUGGUCUGUGAGUGCAGCUCCCGGGGUCAGAGCACAGGGCAAUGGAUCCCUGUGUCGGUGAUGCCAGCAAGCGCAGAGAGCAUUGGCGUGCAAGGCAGAGUGAUUUCUUGCUUGCAAAGUGUGAUCUGGCUGAGCUGGUGUGUGUGUGAGGUGGCCUGCGAUGAAGGGGUGAGGGUCUCUGAAAGGGGCAGCCGUGGUGGGAGAGUGCCGGUGUGUCUGUAGGGGUGAGAGCACGACCUAGAGGAGAGCAGGAGUGUCCCGGCUGGACUGGGGCUCCUCAGGUGUCACACUGCGUAGGCUUGGGUAUUCCCUACGUUGACAUGAUCAUUCUCCCAUACGAGGAUGUCAUCGGUAUACAGACAAACCCGGACACUGUGUUGCAAGGCAACCUUCUCCAGCCUCUGUGCCUACACUCUGUGCACCAGAGUGGGUGAGUGUUUGUACCCCUGGGGUAAUCAGGUGAAUCGGUACUGCACUCCCAGCAAAGGAAAUGCAAACUGCUUGUCCUCUGCCUUCCUCAAGGGGACCGUAAAAGCCUGUCUUAGACACCAACAGCAGGCAGAAAGGGGGGAGCCUGUUCCUGUAGGGCAGCGGUCAAUUCUGAAACAUUUGGGACAGCUGUUGCUGAAGGGGCAGUGUUGGCAUCCAGGUGAUUGCCCCAAGACCUCAGGGAACCUUGCAUGUCCAGGACAGGCAGCUCCCAGAGAUGACAUACUCGAUCUUGUAGAUGUUGAAUUCUGAUCAAAUGUCAUCUUUAUUCUGUCCUGGCUGAGUGCUGUCUGAUCCGUGUGCUCACGCAUGUUUGGUGUCUGAGUGCAGCUACUGGGAUGAGAGCAGAGGGCAGUUGGAUCCCUGUGUUGGUGGUGCCAGCAAGUGCAGAGAGCGUGGGCGUGCACUGGUAAAGGUUGUGCUUCGACUACCUUGUCAGUAGCAGUUACUGCAUAUCCUGCCUUACAGUUUCCUUGUCUCGCAAAACUGCUUCUGUUGAUGAAUUCAGGAGUCCUUAGCGCUGUCCAGUGGUGCCUCCUGUAGCUCUGGCCGACUGGCACGGACAGUCUCCAAGCAGUCACUCACUCACUCACUGCCGGCUCGGAGGUAGCCCUGUGUCGGUGCUCUGGGCGUUUGGCAAAUUGCUUUCUUCCUUCUCUUGGAUCACUUGGGCUCUCUGUUGAGAAACUUGACAGCCAUUUAAACCAAGAAAUUCAGCAAACUCACAGUCCACUGUACACAGGCCUCUUUUGUUACUGUGGCAUCCACGUACGGCAGUAAAGUUCCUCCUCGGGAUGGAGGAAUCCCAGCCCCGAGCUCACAAGCUGACCGGUUCUCAAAAAUCAUUGGGCUGUUCUUACAACCGUGGAUAACACUGUCCAGGUUAACUAAGUCUUUUCUCCCCAUACUGGGGUUUUCCUAUUCAAAGGCAAAUAACUUCAGACUUUCUGUGGCAAAACGAGGCAGAAAAGGCGUCCUUCAAAUCCAGAAGGUAAACCCCACCUACUCAUUCCUUAACUGAGUUAAUAAAGUGUACGGAUUUGCCACCACUAGGUGUGUAUCUUCAGCGAUUCUAUUGAUUGCCCUCAAAUCUUGUGCCAAACAAUAGCUUUUGCCAUCCGAUUUUCACCGCCAAGACUGGGCUGCGGUAUUUGGAUUCACAUUCAAUUACUAAUCCGAACUUCAAAAAGUUACCCAUUUUUUCUCCCGUCCUCCUACAGUC